ACUAAUCUGUGUCGUUUCGGUGUUUUCCCACCCGUAUUCCAACAUGUCUGGGUCUGUAUGAAAACGGGUGAGAAAUAAAAUCCGCUCUCUCUCAGCGUGAGUCGGGAAAGAUGGCGGCGUCCUUUAGAAGCGUGCUUAUGACUUUGAGUCCGGGGUGUUCCUUUAGAAGAAGAAUUGGCCUUCCAGUUAGAUAUGUGGUUAAUGUUGGAGCCUGUGUGCAGUCAGAGCACAGCAAUGUUGGUGGAAAGGGAAAAGUAGUUGAAUCUACAGAGGAGUAUAAAUUCGUGGAGAGGCUGAUUCCCCCGACACGGGUCCCUACCCCACCUAAACAUGAAGGGCCUACACCAUCAGGAUGGACCCCUCCAUCAGAGACACCACCAAAUCUGCCAUACAUGAUCCGACGCUCCAGAAUGCACAAUGUUCCUGUCUACUCAGAUAUCAAACAUGGAAACCAGAAGAGCACUAUUGUACGAAAAGUGGAAGGAGACAUCUGGGCUUUGGAUAAAGAUGUAAAGAAGUAUCUGCAGCAGCUGACUGGCAGAGAGCCACCAACACAAGUUAAUGAAGUCACCGGGAGCAUUCGCAUUAAAGGGGAGUUUGACACAGAGCUGAAGGAGUGGCUGGUGAAAAAGGGGUUUUAAAGUGCUGAAAAUCUGCAAUGUUGUGUUUACUGGUAAUUUAGGAUGGACAAAAAAAUGGCUAAAACUGUAUGAGGAGAAUUCCGACAUGUUUAUUACUUGCAGUGCCACAUUUAACAAUGUAAAUAUAUAUAUUUUAAUGAAAUCUGGAUGCUGAGGUGCAUUAAAUCUGAUUAGAGUUAAUUAUGCUCAUUAAGUGCUGACCGUAUCAGCCAUUUAGUCAGUAAUGUUUAUUGUGGUUCACUUCUCACAGUAAUUGCACUGUCCACCCCUACAGUUAAUACCAGCUGAUCUGCCAGUGGAGCAAAGGUGAAUAUUUCUCACUUGUUUUUGUAAUGUAUUUCUUGUCUGAAAUGUGUAAAUAAAUUAAAACUUGAAAUAAAGAUAAAAAAAACUUGUGUAUUAUUAUUAA